AUGGAAAAGCUACUCAGAUACCAAAUUCAAACUGGCGUCGCGCAACCCAAGAGGCUUCUUCAAGCAGUUCCUACUCGUUGGAACUCUGUGUUCUUUAUGUUAGAACGUUUCUUGGAAUUGCAGGAAGCACUGCGAAGUACAGCGGGCUUGUUGGACAGAUACAUACUAACGUUAUCUAUUGAAGAAUGGAAAAUAUGCAAGGACUUAUGUACCAUUCUAAAACCCUUACAAGAAGUCACUCAACAAAUGAGUGGUGAGGAAUAUGUUACCGGGAGUCUCAUUAUUGUAUAUACUAGAGUCCUUUUAACAGUGUAUGAAAAUAAAAUUCCAACUACAAUCGACCCCGAUGUAGCCAUAUCCGUUGAGAUCAUUGUGGGACAACUGAAAAGAAGAUUGGGGCAAAUUGAAUACAGUGGCACUUUUUCAAUAUGCUCAUUGUUGGAUCCCAGAUACAAAAUGCACUGUUUCAUAGACAAGUCUGCUGCUGAGAAAGCCAAAAAAACCCUGAUAGAACUCGUCACUGCAGAAAUAAACAAGAAAUCUCAUGACACCAGGUCAGCGUCACUUCAACCUUCCACAAGUACAAGCACACCUAGCGAACCUAUUAAAGACGGCUUAUCAAUCUGGGAUAACAUCAAUGAAAUGUUUGGAGAUGUCGAGCAAACGCAAUUUUCUCCGCAAGCAUCUGCAAUUACAGAAGUGCAACGAUAUCUUGCAGAUAGGUUGUUGCCGAUAAAAAAUGAACACGGCAAAUUACUCGAUCCUUCCGAUUGGUGGAGGAACCACCAAUUUGUGUACCCAAACUUGGCACAAUUAUAUAGGAAUAAAUGCUGCGCAAUGAGUACUUCGGUGUCUUGCGAGCGCAUAUUUUCCAUUUCCGGAAAUAUUAUAACAGAGCGCCGAACAAGGCUAAAAUCGGAAAAGGUGAAACAAUUGAUGUUUUUAAAUGUAAAUAUGUAA